AUGGACAGGGGGGAAGGGAAGGAAGUAGUUUCUCUUGAAACUCUGAGUAAGAAGAUGGAUGAUUUUGCAAAGGCUAGAGAUUGGGAGAAGUAUCACAGCCCAAGGAACCUCCUUUUAGCAAUGGUGGGUGAAGUGGGAGAGUUAUCAGAGAUAUUCCAAUGGAGAGGGGAAGUGGAAAGAGGACUUCCAGAUUGGAAAGAAGAAGAUAAAGUUCAUCUUGGUGAAGAGUUAUCAGAUGUCUUGUUGUAUCUUGUGAGGCUAUCUGAUGCAUGUGGUGUCGAUUUGGGGAAAGCUGCUCUGCGGAAACUCGAGCUCAAUGCCAUUAAGUACCCAGCACCCAAACAGACUGAUGAUCAUUGUGUUGGUGAACAUUCAAGCGACAAUACCAAGUUGAAAGAGGAUAACUAA